AUGGGACUAGGGUUAGAGAUUAUUGCAGGGUUUGUGAGAGAGAGGAUUGAGGAGCAAAAUCAGAAUAAGGAGAAGGCUAAAGACUUUCUAGACACACUGUUGGAAUUUGAAGGUGAUGGGAAAGACUGGCAUGAGAAGAUCCCAUAUGAAAGAGUCAUUAUAAUCAUAUUCGAAAUGUUUUUAGCUGGGUCAGUGACUACAAGCACAAUAAUAGAAUGGGCCAUGGCAGAGUUACUUCGCAAACCUGAAGUCAUGAAAAGGGUUAAAGAAGAACUCCAUGAAGUUGUUGGAGUAAACAGAUUUGUUGAAGAAAGUGACUUAGAGAAGUUGCCAUAUUUGCAAGCUGUUUUUAAGGAAACACUUCGGUUACAUCCUUCAAUUCCUUUACUCCUUCCAAGAAACACAAUUCAUGAUACAAAUUUUAUGGGGUACCACAUAACCAAAGACACUCAAGUUCUCGUGAAUGCAUGGGCAAUAGGAAGAGAGCCAGAUUCUUGGGAAGAUCCAUUAGCCUUCAAGCCUAAUAGAUUUCUUGAUUCAAACAUUGACUACAAGGGGCAAAAUUUUGAACUAAUUCUAUUUGGAUCAGGGAGGCAAAUUUGUGUAGGUAUGUUAUUGGCUCAACGAGUAGUUUUGCUUGGUCUGGCAUCUUUAAUUCACUGUUUUGAUUGGAAACUUGACAAAGACUCAACCCCUGAAACCUUAGAUAUGAAAGAAAUGAUUGGGAUGACAGUGAGAAAACUUGUGCCUCUGAAUGUCAUACCCAAGAGACGUCCAAGGAUCAUGGCUACCUGA